CUGUCCGUCAACUUGACUGUGAGAGCUGGGGCUAAAGACGGAGGAUAUCAGUGGAAAUACUUGAAUUAAAUGAGUCUGACAAGCUUCCAAUUCAAAGGCAUACACUCAUAAACAUCGAGGGGGUAUGCGUUUAUGCGAAGAGGAUGCAGAGUCACACAGCUGAGCCCUGCGUGAACGUCUGAGGGGAUCAUGAUACCAGAGGCCACAGCUGCAGCUGCAUCCAGGUCCUCAGAGCAGAAUAAGAGCUCUCGUGCCAAGGCGGACUCCUCUGAAGCCGUCGGUCACUCAGAGGAGGACUCUGGGAACGAGAAUAGGCGAAAGAGUGUGAGACGAAGGAGACGAACACACGAGAGCUCCGAGAAUGUCAAGUGCAAAAGUCCCAAAGCCAGCUGCAGUGGCGCGAGGAGAGCAGGAAGAGGACACGGCAAACAGAAGCACGUGGAGGCCGUCACCUUGUUUGAAGUGAUCACCAUGGGCAGGAGUGCCAUGCAGGCGGUGAUAGAUGACUGGAUUGAGGCGUAUGGGUCAGACAGAGACUCCUCUCUCCUCGACCUCAUCAGCUUCUUCAUCCAGUGCUCUGGGUGCAAAGGUGUCGUCACAGCAGAGAUGUGUCAGAGCAAAGAGGACAGCGAAGUCAUGAGCAAGAUGGUCGAGGAGCUGGAUGAGACUGCUGGUCUGCAGUAUAAGAAGUUUCUGGCUUUUCCGUGGAUCCUCACAGUCACGUGGCCCAUGGAUACAGACAGUGUUGAGUAUCCUCUGGUGCAGUCUGGACCGUACGGCCGCUGGUUUCACUCCGAGUUCUGCGACUUUGUGUCAGUGCUGGUGGCUCAGUGUCAGCACAGCAUCAUCUUCGACGGCUACCUGAUGAACACCCUCAUCUCGCUGCUCACCGAGCUGUCAAACUCUUACGUGCGAGCGUUCAGACACACCUGCACACUAGCGGCGGUGAAGCUGCUGAGCUCUCUGGUGGGCGUGGCUCUCACCCUGAGCGCUGGGAUUGAAAACAGUCAGAAGCUGUAUGAGGUGCAAAAAACAAAGACGAUGAGGCAGAAGAGCGCGCAGCAGCUGGAGAAAGUACAGAAGAAGAUCGCAGAGUUGCAGGAGAAGCGAGCAGAGAUCGAGAGCAUGAUGGACAUCAUCUUCAAGGGAGUUUUCCUUAAGCGAUACCGUGAUGUGCUUCCAGAGAUCCGCUGCGUCUGUAUGGAGGAGUUGGGUUUGUGGAUGAAGCUCUACAGUUCUGUGUUUCUCAGCGACAGUUACCUCAAAUACGUGGGCUGGAUGAUGCACGACAAGGUACCAGAUGUGCGUCUCAAGUGUGUGUUAGCUCUACACGGUCUGUACGGAGAUCCCCUCUUCCUGCCUAAACUAGACCUGUUCACCAGCCGCUUUAAGGAGCGGAUCGUCUCCAUGACCCUGGAUAAGGACAGUGAAGUGUCAGUGCAGACCAUGAAACUCCUGGUGCUCAUCUCCAAGACAUCUGACGAUGUGCUCACUCCAGAGGACUACAAACACCUCCUCCAGUUUGUUUACUCUUCGCAGCGCCCUCUUGCGGCCACUGCGGGGGAGCUGCUCUUCUCAAGGCUUCUCAAUGCUGUAGCCCCAGCAUCUGAUACUCAGGAUGGAUCGAAUGAAGAGGAAGCGUGUAAGCAGCAAACAUUUGCCAGACUGAAGGCUCUGCUGCACUUCUACCAGGAAUCUGAGCUGCACAAUCACGUCGUGUACUUGGUGGACAGUCUGUGGGACUGCGGUGGAGCUUUGCUGAAGGACUGGCCCUCCUUCACGUCUGCACUGCUACAGGACUCUUCCUCAUGCAGUCCAGGUUUCACCCUAGCUGAACAAGCAGUGCUUGUAGAGAUCCUGGUAGCGUCGGUGCGUCAGGCCUCAGAGGGACCAGUGCUGGCAGGGAGGAGUGGAGCGAAGAAGGUAAUGAGUGCCAGAGAUAAGAAGAUUCAGAACGAUGACUGUUUGAAGUUCACCGAACAUCUCCUGAUGGUGCUUCCAAAGCUGCUGUCUAAGUUUUCAAGUAGCAGUGACAUCCUUGCCUCCCUGAUGAGGAUUCCUCAGUACUUCCUCCCAGAGUGUCCGCACGCUGAAAACACACAGGCGGCGUCCAGCCUGUUGACAGAACUGGAAGCUGUUUUAGACGUCCACUCAGGCCCGGCUGUUCUGGAGGGAGGGGCCCGCGCGUUCCUCUCCCUUUGUAGUGAGGAGACAGCCUGGUGCUCCCCCGCCCGAGCUGCUAGAGACUCUCUGGUCCAGCGUUGGGUGGACCGACUGAAAGCACUGCUGGGGGAAUCGCUCAAGGGCGACAGUUUCUCUGCUGAUGAGGAGAAAAUCAGAGAGAUUUUAGCCAUGCUGAAGAAACUUAGAGCUUUCAACAAUUGCCAUGACCUGAGCCAGUGGGGUCUGUUUGAUGUGCUGUCUCCUCUCCUGUCAGUAGAGAGCAGCCUGGAAGGAGCUCCACCUGAGGUGCUGCUGGAAGUACUGCAGUGUUUGUCCUUUUCCAUGAUCUGGUCGCUCAGCACCAGCAGUCAAACUCUGACCUGCAGGGAGAAGGCGCAAGCCCAGAGGCUCCAGCUGCGUCUCUUCUGCGAGAGAAGUCAUCACUGUCUGUCCCACGGUGACCUCAGUGUGAGGCAGCAGGCCUUCCUGGGCGUGUGUGACGUCCUGACGGCUCACUCGUACCAGCUACACGUGUGGGAUCCCACCUCUUUCGGUCCACUGCUCUACACGCCCAGCCCCAAGCUGCAGAGGGCGCUGUUGACCUUUGUGUGCGUGCACGUCUUUGUCGGCUCAGACUGUGACAGCCAGAGCAGGGUCAGUGAAAACUCUCAAGUGGAGAAGCUGGAGGACCUUCACAAACGGAGAAAUGUGCUCGCAGCCUACUGCAAACUGAUAAUACACGGAGUGCUGGAGAUGAGCAUGGCAGCUGAGGUCUUCAUGUACUACAUGAAGUAUUACAAUGACUUUGGAGACAUCAUCAAGGAGACCAUGUAUCGCACCAGGCAGAUGGAUAAAAUAGAGAGUGCUCGCACACUGGUGCUCUGUUUGCAGCAGCUGUUUGUGCGACUUAAGCAGGAGCAAGAGCGCGGCGGCAGGCCUCACCCAGGAGUCCAGACUUUCACCAGCAUUAAAGAGCUAGCUAGGCGAUUCGCCCUCACCUUUGGGGACCUUGUCAAGUUUCGUGAGUGUGUCGUCCUGAUCCACAGGAACGGCAUCGAGUUUGUGUUCCAAGACUUUACUCAGACUCCAGACUCCUCUACACCACUGUACCUCUCCUACCUGACCAUCCUCAGCGAGUUCUCCAGCAAACUGCUCAAACCAGACAAGAAAGCAGUGUUCUCCUACCUUCAAAAACACACUGCUGAGCACAUUAUUGACCUCAGGGAGGAGUGCUGGCAGCCACUCAUCUACUAUCGCGCAUCCCUUUUUGCCUUAGCCGAGGGGGAGGACGCCGUAUCCUACGUAAGCUCGGACAGGAAGGCCAACCUGCCCAAUCGCUCGCCCUUCUCCAAACAAAAAUGGGAAGGAAGCAAGUCCCCCUGUCUGUUUAGCCCUGGUGAAUCCAAAGUCAGCAAGGUGCGCAAACCGAGCUGCAACUCAAGCCAUCAGGAGAAAGCAGCUGAUACAGAUCCAUUUUCUGUCCCUCUGGAUCCUCCACCCAAAAGACUGCACGCUGAGGGAUCUGUAAUCUGUGUCACCAACGAGCCAGAUGAUGGUGAUGGCACCGUGGAGGUUGAGCUCUGAGUGUGAGGAGGUCGGGAGAAUCGGUGCUGCCGUCUACACGACGAGACCUCGACUGAUGUUUUACUUAUGAUGCACCUUGUUGCCAGUGUCCUCUGUGUGUGGACAGAAACUGGUGGUUUUUUUGUACAAUGAUCAUGCAGCAUGUCAUGUUUUCAGAAGGAUGUGAUCAGAAAGGAUAAAGGUGGCAAUAUUCUGCCAUGCAAAGACCAAAACCACAACAAAUGUGUUUUAAUCCACAGCUGAAAAUAGUUCCUUACAUUAUUACCAAUCACUGCUGUUUCAGUAAAGUUUCCCCAACAAUGGACUUCCCAGAUGUUUAAGAAAACAACUGAGGUUGUCUUACAAAAAAAAAAAAGUAAUCCAAUUAGGGAUAAUUUAAAAAAAAGAUUGAACAUUUUCUGAAACUGUACAUGAGAUUUGAGUGGAGUGAUACAGACUGGGUGAGUCGGGGACCAGAAGCACAAAUUGUUGGUUUUGGCCUUUUAAUGGAAAAAUAAUGACCAACACCAGGAUUAAUCUGA